UCCAGCAUAACCGAAAUUGCACAUCACCACUCCGUACCACAACAAUAACAAGGCCACGUGAAUCCUUUGGUCCCCAGCCACCGAACACCACCACCCAACACUGCACACCAACCAGCGGGAUCGGGAGCUCAGGAUCCCCCCUAGACUCGCACCAUGGCCCAGGGGAAGCACAUGAGCAAGAAGGGAAAGGGAGGAGAAAAAGCUCCCCCUAACUUGAAGAAGGGGAAACGCCAGCCGUCUUCACUUAAAAUGAGGAAAGGCGCACGGGCCAUAGCACCCAAGAAGGCCAAGGCAAGGGAGGCUAUGAUGGUGCAGAAACAGCUGCAGAAGGCAAUCAACAGCAACAUUGAGGAGGAGAUGAAGCAGCGUGCAUCCAAGGAUACCACGUCAUUUAAGCUUUUCAAAAAGAAGCCAGAAGAGAAACAGAAAAAAUGACAAACUGCCUAGUAAUAUAUUUCACUGUAUUGCAUCUAAGCUAGACUUCUUAAUGUAAUAGACAGUAUUUCUUAUAUGGAAUUAAAUGUAUAUUUAAAAAUAAAAUGAUUGUAUUCAAGCCAA